AGCAAGCAAAACGUGGUGCCCUCAACCUUAACCUGCGCUGGUAUAUCCCCACGUGCCUUCUCGGGCUCUCUUUCAGCCCUGUGUAACGUACUGCCUAAGGUCUGGCUUCCGGCCCGCUGAGCGGUUUUCUUAUCUCUUUGACGAAUAUAUUUAAGGUCUGAUGUGCUCUCUGUUGCUUCCCCCCCGCCCCGUUCCUGCAGUUCCAGUCUAAAGGCGUUUGUCCGCGUUAGGGCUUUUUUGGACUGCGAAGUCCGCAGGCAAAGCGGGUUCUUCCUUCAAAGUCGCUUAACGCUGUUAUUGCUACUGUGGAGACGGUGGGUGCAGCAGGCAACGCUGAAUGCAGAAAUAAGAGUAUUUUUACGUGGAGCCUGGACACGCUUGGGAUCCCUCUGCAGCAAGAGAAUAGAUCAGGACGUUUCUCUGAGGAAAUGGAUAUGUCUUCUCAAAAAUACCCAGUCAAAAAACGAGUGAAAAUCCAUCCCAACACAGUAACAGUGAAAUAUACUUCUCAUUAUCCCCAGCCAGGAGAAGAGGGAUAUGAGGAUGGUAAUGAAGAUACUGGAGUAUUUAUGGAGGAGAAUCCUAAGAAAAGAUUACUGCAUGAUGGGAAAAAGAGAGAAAGGACCUUUUUUGGUACAAUAGACACCCAGCUUCAGCCAGCACAACUGCCAAAACGCAAUGAGACUGGGCGAUUCCAGAAUUUUCCUGAAGGAAGUAUCCUGCAGUCGAGGAAAACUUGGGUAGUCCUUUUUGGAUCUGCUGUGGCUCACGGAUGUGUGGCUCUAAUAACACGAUUAAUUUCCGAUCGUUCCAAAGUGCCAUCCCUAGAGUUAAUUUUCAUCCGUUCAGUCUUACAGGUGCUGUCUGUUACAGUUGUGUGUUAUUACCAUGAGCCUCCCUUUGGCCCCAAAGGGUACAGACUGCGGCUCUUCUUCUAUGGUGUCUGCAAUGUUAUCUCCAUUACCUGCGCUUAUACCGCCUUCUCUAUAGUUCCCCCCAGUAACGGGACCAUUAUGUGGAGGGCUACCACUACAGUGUUCAGUGCCAUUUUGGCUUUUUUAUUGCUAGAUGAAGGAAUGGCUUACAUUGACAUAAUUACUGUAGUUGGCAGCGUGUUUGGUGUUUGUCUGGUCAUGAUCCCCAACAUCGUGAGUGAGGAAAACUCCUUGCUGAGCACCUGGAAGGAAGCUUUUGGCUAUACCAUGACCGUGAUGGCAGGUUUGACCACUGCCCUCUCCAUGAUAGUCUACAGGUCAAUCAAAGAUAAUAUCAGCAUGUGGACAGCCCUGUUCACCUUUAGUUGGACGGGAACAGUGUGGGGGGCAUCCACCAUGUUUUUCCUUCAAGAGCCAAUCGUCCCGCUGGAUGGAGAAACCUGGAGCUAUCUCCUUGCCAUCUGCCUGUGCUCCACAGCAGCCUUCCUGGGGGUCUACUAUGCCCUAAGCAAGUUCCACCCCGCUCUGGUCAGCACUGUGCAACACCUGGAGAUAGUCAUCGCUAUGGUGCUGCAGCUUGUCGUGCUGCGAAUCUUUCCAGGUGCUUAUGAUCUUGUCGGUGGAGCAGUUAUUUUGGUUAGUGUUUUUUUCCUGGCGUGUUAUAAAUUGUCCUGGAAGAAUUUAGGAAGAGAAGAUUAUCAGGAGAUUCUGGAUUCUUCCAUUAAAUGAAUUCCAGUUUUGCUGUCCGAUCCUGGCUGUGUGGCCACGUGAGAGUAUUAUUUCAACUCUGUCCUAGUGUAGUCGUCAGGUUCUGUCUCUACUGUUUAAAUUCACAGCUGAUGUAGCAAUGUUGGUAUUUCCAGAGUUGCAUGACAGGUGAAUUUGUUCUAGUGUGUAAAAUCCCUGACAUUUUUUGACAUAUGAGUGAAGUAUAUAUGUCUCCAGCAUAUAGGGUAUGUGAGCAAAAGCGUAGGCUAGCCUACAGAAGUGCAGGCCAGGUCAUAGGCGUUUUCCUCCUCACCUUCCCUGGAUUAGACAAUACAGAGACAGAGGGAUUCACUAGUGACUCUCAUUCCCAUGUACUGUGAUAGUAGGAAAAUGAACAGUAAAAGCAUUAAAACAAUGAACCAGAGUUUUCAGAUCCCAUGUAACACUUCCUAUGCAUUGACUGCAAUAUUUUAAAUGAAGUAAUGCUAGUAUUUCUGUGGUUUUAACUUGCAUUUCCUGUGUGUAUACAAAGAAAAGAAUAAA